CCAGUUCUAAUAUGUAUUUAGAUUGACUGCAUUCAUUUAAUAAAUUAUUACGAACUAAAUAUGAUCAGGAACGUAAUAGUAUGUGGAGUUCUCGCACUUAUGAUUAGUGUCACGAACGGUGAAUUGGUUAUUGGGCAGGACGAUCUCAGUGAGGAACUAGUAGGACUAUUUACUAUUGAAGGAAGAUUAUUUUCUCCCGAAACCCAAAGCAGAGGCUUAUCUGAAACUUCAUUAUCCAUCAACAGCGGUGAAUAUAAAGGAUUUUUGCGCGAGGAUGGUUCAUUUAUCAUUAGCAGUGUACCAUCCGGAAGCUAUGUGUUAGAAGUUCACCACCCGGACUACUAUUACGAACCAAUACGUGUGGAAAUAAACCCCAAAGGUAAAUUCCGUGCACGCAAAGUAAAUUAUGUGCAGCCUUCUCAGAUCAUACAAGUGCCAUAUCCCUUAAAAAUGAAGGCACUAACCCGUUUUAAAUACUUCCAGACUCGUGAACAAUGGAAGAUAACAGACUUUCUGUUCAGCCCAAUGGUUUUAAUGAUGGUGCUACCACUUCUGGUAAUGCUUGUUUUACCGAAGAUGAUUAAUGAUCCAGAGACAAAGAAAGAAAUUGAGAAUAUUCAGUUCCCAAAAGUAAGCAACGAAAUGCCGGAAAUCAGCGAAAUGAUUACCUCAUUCUUCUCAGGGGCAAAACCACCAGAGAAGGAAAAGAAGACUGUUUCAAGCAAACAAAAUAAAAAGCGUAAUUAGUGCGAACUCGCGGUAAUGCAUACAAAUGGAUUAAUCUAUUAUACCCAUGUAGAUUUAUAAGAAUUGGUAUCAUGUAUACCGCAAGAAAACAAAAUUGUGUUGUAUUUUUU